AUCAUCUUAUCAUAUAGAACUUUCCCGGAAAGGGCUGGAAGGUUGCGCCUUGUUGAUAGCGUUUUAAUGACUAAGUAGCGUUGUAAAGUUUCUAUACUUUCUACAUUAUUAUCUAACGUCAUAUCUUUGUAGGACCCUUUGGUCGUUUUUUGAACGUCUCUUGGUUUUACUGUCCACGCAGGAAAAUAAUAGCCUCGCUGCCUCGCGAUGUAAACAGGAGUAACGUUAAUCUAAAAGAUACCAAGCAACAUAAACCUGUUUAAAUUGACCUGUAAGGUGACCAGAAAUUGCUGAACGGAUAGUUAUAAAGUCUAGCCUCAAACUUGUCUGGACGUGGCUGUCAAAAUGACGGCUUGGGUGGUUCGCCUUGGCCCGUAGACGGAAGAGAAACGACCGGUGCACCAGCCCGGGGCCGACGGGGAUUAACAUUAGACUGAGGACAGACGUUCCAUGAUACAGCAGAAUCCGGGGGAGAGUACUAGUGCAUCCAUCCACAAGCAAAUGGAACUGGCAAUGGCACACCCUGCUAUAAAGGCCUUUGUGUGUGGCUCUCUGAGCGGGACCUGCUCCACCCUGCUGUUCCAGCCUCUGGACCUGGUCAAAACACGCCUGCAGACUCUGCAGAAGACCAGGACCCCAGGCUCGGCCCGGGUCGGCAUGGUGACGAUGUUUCUCAGUGUGGUUCGGACGGAGAAACUGCAGGGUCUUUGGAAAGGAGUCGCACCGUCUUUUGUGCGCUGUAUCCCCGGGGUGGGGAUCUACUUCAGCACCUUCUACUCUCUGAAGCAGCACUUCUUCCUGGAGCGGGCCCCCCGCGCCUGGGAGGCGGUGCUCCUGGGGGCCGGGUCCCGCACGGUGGCCGGGGUCUGCAUGCUGCCCAUCACCGUCAUCAAAACGCGCUUUGAGAGCGGCAGGUAUAACUACAGCAGUGUGCUGGGAGGCCUGCGCAGUGUGUGUAACACAGAGGGGCCGAGGGCUCUGUUCUCAGGCCUGACGGCCACCCUGCUGCGAGAUGCUCCCUUCUCCGGCAUAUACGUCAUGUUCUACACCCAGACCAAGAGGGCACUGCCACCGGAGGUCAGCUCCUCUCUGUACGCCCCCCUGGGGAACUUCAGCUGUGGCGUGCUGGCGGGCGUUCUGGCCUCCCUGGUCACGCAGCCUGCAGACGUGGUGAAGACGCACAUCCAAGUGAGCGCGCAUCAGCACACACGCACACGGGACGCUGUGCGCUUCAUAUACACGGAGCACGGCUUCAGUGGGUUUUUCCGCGGGGCGGUGCCGCGGUCCCUGAGGAGGACCCUGAUGGCGGCCAUGGCCUGGACCGUGUACGAGCAGCUGAUGAACAGAAUGGGCCUGAAGUCCUGAGGGAAGAGAGGAGGAAGAAGAGAGGAGGGAGAGAGGACGAAGAGGGGAUAGAGGGGGGUGUGUGUGUGUGUGGACUGAAGUUCACUCCCGAGAUUAUAUAGAGCAGGUCACGUCGACCUACACGCACAGCAGUCGGGGGGAACUAGCUCCAGUACCUGCCAGAGCCAAGCGGCUGUUAUCACACCGUCGAGCGGCAGCUGAGACUAACGCUCCACACCGUAUCUGAAUGACAUGAUUAAACCUGAGGCCACAGGACUCCAUUAGCCAGAAGAGCACGGGCCCUCGUUUUGUCUGUGAAGCUUUUAAUUCUUCCCUGCCCUUUUAUUUAUUUCUUUCUUUAGACCGCGCUAACAUUUUUAGUUUUUUUGCGGGACAGAGUGCGUCUUAGAUUUUGCUGCACACGUGAACUACGCGCAGGUGCUGAGGAAAGUGCGCUGAUUCUGGCCUGGCUGUGCAUUGAGAGUUUCUGCUGCGUGCUGCUCUGUGCUGUGGUUUAAACUGGUCUGUUCUUUGAGGACAGCGCUCAAAAGGGCAGCGUGUGUGGUGGGUGAAGCCAAGGCUGUGACACACAGUUCUCACACAGUCACACGCUGAAAAAAUAAAGUGUGGCGCUUACACGGUCCAGUUAUGUCAACAGGAGUUGAGUACCAUCAAAAUUGGUUGAUUUAACUAAACUCAGUUGGUUUAACUAAACCCAGUCGGCUUCACUAAAUUAUAUUUUGAUGCUUCUUAACUUACGUGGACCCUGUUGACGUAACUGUGUGAUGAAAGUCCACGAUGUGCGAAACCACAAAACUGACACAGUAACAGGACACAAUUCAUCACUUGUUUGCCUGCACUUUAUGAAGUGAAAGAGUCAGUAUUCAGCUCUUCAUGCAAAGGCAUUUCUGCUUAAGAGUCCAGGAAUGUGUGCAUGAAAAAAAAAAAAAGUUCCAAUAGGAACCUUGCUAUUCCAUUGAAGAACCCUAUAGUUAAAGGGUUCUUUGUCGGACAAAAUGUUUCCUUGUCUAGGAGCUUUCAUACUUGACACCUAUGAUAGAGGAUUCCAUAAAAUAACUAAAAAGGGUUCCUCUCUGGAAUCGACCCAAAGAACCAUUUCAGAACCCUUUUUUCUUGCUUGCCCUGCCUCUCUUGCUGUAUUAUACAGAGAUGCAGUGGCCUUGGAGUCCAAGUGCACUGCUUUAUGUCACAGCUGAGGUUAUUAGAGCACUGUUAAUGGUAUUUAUCAUUUUGAUUUUAUUUGUUACAUUGUUUUUUGUAUUGGGGAUAUUUUGUUUGUAGUGUCCCUGUAUCAUAUUUUAGCUUUUUUCAAUUAAAACAAAAGCCUUCGGUUUUGUGACACGA